AUGCUCGCUUCAUGAGGGCUGUGUUUAUAAAAAUCCGAGUUGGACAAAACUACUUUAUAUAAAUAUAUCGGAUCGGGUCACCAAAUCAAGCAGGAAGUUCGGGUAUCCCUUCCUGCCCACGGUACCACUGAAUCGGCGCUAUAACGAUGGUAGGUGUAGUCGGCUUGUACCGACUCCGACCCGCUCCUUGCUCCUGCUUCCUCCAGUUAAGCAGUACCCCACCAACAGACCGCUAGUACUUUUGGGACUCUGGCUCAGGCUACAUAAUAAGUGGUCAUGGAUAUAUCAUCUUGGGAUGGAACCAUCUCAUUAGCGGAAUUUCAUGCCGCUGCUUGUGCUUUAGUAGAGAAAUGGAAAAAGGUCUCUUCAGCUUCCCCUCCUUGGUCAUGGGUCUCUUGUCCCAAACAACCUUGGGUGGCUUCUCACGAAGUUAGCGUGGAAGGAUACUUGUCACUGGAGAACAUAAUUCUCGUGUCAAUUAAGGAGGAACAUGAUGAACUACCAAGUUUCCCUCAGAAAGAAGAGACAAGUUGCUCUGACAAAGAGGAGUCCAUUGAUAUUGCCACCUUAGUCCAGGGUCAGAGCGAUCAUGAUGAAAUAUGUUACUAUGAUCUCCAUAUAGUAUAUAGUGCUCCAUAUAGGGUUCCGGUGCUAUAUUUUCGUGUGUACUACAGUGAUGGAGAACCUUUGCAGUUUGAGGAUAUAAAAAAACACCUUCCUGCUCACUCUGCCAAAACACUGUUGGAUUCAAAAUGGACGUUUAUAACCCAGGAGGAGCAUCCAUACUUGAACAGGCCAUGGUACAAAUUACAUCCAUGCGGAACCGGUGAGUGGAUGAAGCUGCUUUUCCAAGGUGAUGUUUCUCUGGCUAGAAAUGGAGCGGCAAUUGAAGUAUAUCUGAUUUCAUGGCUCUCAUUCGUUGGGCAAGUUGUUGGUCUUAGGAUCCCUUAUGAAAUGCUGAAUCAGCUAUAAUGGGUGGCUGAUGACAGUUUAGACUAUAUCUAUACAUGGUGUAGACAUAUUGGAGUUUGCUUUUGUGAACAAUCUUUUUCCUUUUGUGUUUUUAUUUUUUAUUUUUUUGUUAUAUUCAGUUGCCGGAUGGACUUAUUCCUGGCCUAAUAGGUGCUUUAGGUGUGUUAGAAGAACAUGGUGGAAACUCUGAGGUAAACAAUCUCUCUCUCUCUCUCUCAGAGGAAACCAAUGUAGAAAAACCCAUCAAUCCAAGUUUCAUCCUUGGAUAGUUCAGACAA